AUGCUACCAGUCGAUAAAUCGGAGUUUCCUCAACUCGUCAAAAAGUGCCUUUGUGGACAGUCGAUCGAUCUGAAGCCGUCGAAAAUCAGACGGCAUUUCGCGGUAAGGCAUUGCUACUGUUACGACUGCAAGGGGGUAUUUACGAGGCACUUACACUCAACCACUAAACCUUCGCAUCGCAUCGGCACGUACCUCGUCUUCCCUCCCCAGACCAACGAACUUCCUCCAGUAGAUACCCCUGUUCAUUCCCCUCGGGAUUCUUGCGACAGUUCCAGCGAUAUCAAGCUCAGCCGCCUUCAAACUCCGGGGCCUACCGCGGAGAGUAGAAACACUCCAACUCGGUCUGGUAUGUUCACUAUUUGGUGUCUGAUUGGAGACACGGAUGACUCUGGCGAGACUGUACCACUGUACGACCCAGAUUUGGCUCCGUUCUGCAACGUUAAGCUCUCGUUGGAGCUUGCCUCGAUAAAUUUCAAUCCUUGGGUAUCACAAAUCAAGAGGUGGAAGGAGGCAAAACGGUUUGAAGGCUUCAUGAAGCGUGAUGAUGCGCACCAACAACAGAUUCACCAGUCUCUUCUGACCAGCUUGAUUGCAACGGCAUUUGACGCCAGCGAGGCCAGCGGCGCAAUUAGGACCUGGGAAGAAGUCAAAACCGGUCUCAAGAUGAGGAAUUUGCACGCCGAGUUUGACCUCGAUCCUGCCAGGGGUUCUCUCGUUUUGGUUCUCAUGGAUACUGGGUUUCCGACAAAGUCGGCUAUAGGCGAUCAGUAUGACAGCAUUGAAGAGUAUCUCCAAGUGAUUGGUUCAGGAUCCGACGCGCGCACGAUUGCGUAUCCUAGCAGGGACGAAAGGAUGGUUUCGGAAUACAAACUGCAGGACAUCCGCGCUCUUGAUGACGUCGCGCGGGAACAAGGGACAUGGAGACCGACAACCUGCUUCGGCGUCGGCGAAUGCGCACUGGUGGGUGUCAAAGACAUAAUGAAGCGGGCGUGGAGCUGCUCUUCUGUCCAUGUGGUAAGGAGCGGCGAGCAUGCCUCGAAACUCACUUGCCACCAACCCAAACGCCGCCGCAACGGAAAGCAAAAGACGACAGCGACCAUAGCCGGCGAGGAUGAUGAUGAAGGGGUCUGGUUCCAUCAGGAAUACGUCGAGAUGCUGUCGAGGAUGGAGCUGCGCGUGUUCAUCGCCACUCGGCCUGACCCGAAUGGUUUACGGGGCCUUCGUGGGGAGGUAAUCCGCGUGUGCCUUACCGAGCUUGGGCGCAAGGAAGGCAUCAUUGCCACUGAGGCUCUGGAUGAUACGUACGAGAGUCUUGGAAUAACGAGGGAGGCAGCCUACGCGUUUUCCCUCGGCGUUUUCGAGGCUCUGCGGGACCCCCGCUUCGGAUGGUCAGCACGGUUCGAGUCGCUGGAGGUGGGCUGCCGGCUUGACAUCUCGAUCAGGGAGAACGGGGGCCCCUUGUUUGUCAAUGAGAUAACGAGGUGGAAUGGGUCUCACUAUUUCUCGGAUUACUGCACUGGCGAGCCGCAUGCGCUUAUUUGUAAUGCGUUUGCCAAAUCUUGGGCUCGUUAUGUCAAGGCUAUGGGAGAGGGAGUAUGA